AUCAAAUUUCAAACUUAAUUGUCGUGCUGUAUAGAGAAGAACAUUUUGUCCCCAAAUCGAUUAUUUUCAUCGUUUCAAUAAAAACAAAUUUCUUUUACCUGUGUUAACGCGUUGAAAGAUGAAAGUUUUUAUUUUUAUGUGCCUGGCUUUUGUGGCCGUUCAAGUUUCAUCAGCGCCAACUGAGAAUACACCAACCAUUUUUGUACUCAGUAGCGAUGGUAUAAAGGAAUUGAGGCCAACGGCUGUAGAAGCAUCAAAAGAAAUUCCAAUUGCCACCGAAAAAAAUGAAGAAAAACCAGUCCAAAUUGUUCAGACCGAACAAAAAAUGAUUGAACAACCAGAAGUAAAAGUGGUUGAACUGGUUCCAACACAAGAGAAAGGCACUGAACAGCCAACGAUAAAAGUGGUUGAAAUUGUCUCGCCACAAGAGAAAAUGACUGAACAACCAACUAUAAAAGUAGUUGAGCAACCAGCCGUUAAAGUGGAAGAAGUGAAGCAAGUUGAGAAGGCAGCCGAAAAGCCGGAGCAAAAGAUCGAAAUAAGUUCAACGGAAAAAUUGGUUGAAAGUUCAAAGAAAGACGAAACACCAAUUGAGGCGUCAAAGGAAGUAAAAUCGGAUAAACACGAUGAGAUCGAAAAGAAAGAUGAUGCGCAAAAGAUUAUUGAACAUUCCUCAUUUUUAGAUCAAAUCUAUAAUGCAUUGUUUGGUGAUAGUCAUCUGAAACAAUCGGUUACCUCGUCACCACGUAUGGUUCAAAUUUCAUUCGAACAACCAAAAUUCCCGGAAAUCGCACUGCAAGAUGAUGGCGAUGAUGAUGAUGAAUAUGAAGUGAGACUUGUACCAGUUGAUGCAUAUCAACCGCGUCGAGAAGAGACUGGACAAUCAUCAAUGUUACAACCAUUUUUGCGCAUGUUUAAUUCAUUCAAUUCGAUCCCAUCCAUUUUUGGUUAUGACACCCCAACGAGGUCGUCUUAUAGUCCAGCACCAAGAUCAUCCAUUUUUGAUUUCAGUGGCCCGUCUCGCAAUUCAGCACCAAGAUCCAUUUUUGACUUCGGUAGCUCAACGUACAGUCCAGCACCACGACCAUCUAUUUUUGAUUUCGGUUCUUACCGUCAAGAACCAAGACCACGCUUUUUCUUUGCAUAAAUGAAAGAAAAGCUCAGUGAAUGCAAUGGCGACCCUGCCUCCUCAAUCUUUAUAUAUUUGUCAUGUAUUGUAUUCAUCUGAUGAAAUCUCAAAAUCGAUUAAAAUACAUUGAACGAAUUAAAAAAUAAACAA